CACUGCCCACGUGCUCGCCGUGCGCGCCACGUGACAACCCAGUUCCCGCCAAUCUCACGCUCUCCGAUGAUUGGCCGCGGGCUUCACCAACAGCGACGAGUGUUACUGGGAGAAAAAAAGUCAUCCGGGCGUCGUUUUUUAUUUCCCAGACUGCACCGGCAAGCGCCGAGAGGAUCCCGCGAUCCGAUUCGUCCGUGCGCCCCGGCGAGAGGCGGGGCCCGCGAGGCGCGUGGGCCAAUGGCGAUCCUCGUUAGAGCGAGCAGCUGCCUAUGCGCGCUAGGGAAUGUAAUCGGUGACGGGCAGCACUAGGAUCGGACCCGGAAGUCGUCCGCUCUGCCCGGGUAACGGCGCGUGGAUGGAGAUGAAGAAACACACGAAGAAAUGCCAACGGAAAAGAGAUGCGCGUGGAAAUGAAUCGUCAUGCCUGGAAGAAGCUCCGAAUGACCUGGAUUUGGACCAAGUCAAGAUUUGUAAAAAGAAAAGAUGCGUAAACCACAGAGCGGAAUCCAGGAGUGACGAUGCCCAAACGAAAACGUCUGAUGGUGAUUCGCGGUGUGAUUCUUCUCGGGUUGCAGUAGACGGCGGCGAGCACCAUUGCAAGCACGGUGAGCGGAGAGAAGGCGAAUCUCGACGACGAAGUGAGGAGGCGGCAGUUGCACCUCAACGGGGAGAAGACGUGCGUGCCUGUUCCAGAAGCGGUGACGCCGAGUGCAAGGGAGUGAAAAGGAAGAAGAAAAUGGAAAACGCUGACGAUAAUUUGACGCCAACUUGGCAGCAAGAAGAAGGGGCUUUGCAGUCGGACCGUGAAGAGGAAACUGUGAAGAGUGAGAAGAAAUCGAGCAGGAAAAGGAAACGAACUGCAGCUGAUGGAGGAAGUAAUUUAGAAGACAUUGAACCUCCUCCUGUGCAGGAAAGACCUCGCAAAAAGAGAAAACGCAGGGAAAUGAGCAUUGCGGUGCCUGACCGACAUGCUUCUUCUGAAGGGACAGUUGUGUCAGAAAGUUGCCCGAUGGAAUCGCCCGUGAAUCCUGAGCCAUCCCCAAGCUCCAACAGGAAGAAGAAUAAGAAGAAGGCAAAGUCGUACCAAUCUGGAAAUAACCAGGGUGGUGUAAUAGCGCAGAAUACUGCGGGCACAAGGAGCAAGAAGCAUGGCAAGAAGAAAAAACGGCGUGACCUUGAGGAGGGCUUACCCAGUGAGCCACUUCCCACAUUGAGAACCGAGAACUCUGUCACCAACGAACAUCGCCAGAUAAAUGCGUCCCACACUGAAGAGGUUGUUGAUGAAGUAGAUAAAGAAAUGGGGGAUGAGGAGGAUGAGGAGGAAGAGGAGGAGGUUAGGCAUCUCGAGAAUUAUGAUUACCAGGUCAAAUUCAUGAGUAAAUUCAUUCCUGGCUUUGCACGUAGAUCGCAAAUGUAUAUUGCUCAUGCCCUCAAAUAUGACUAUCAUCGUUUUAAGGAGUUUGAAAAGGAAGGAAUCAAGGUCCGGUUUGGGCGUUUCAGUAAGGCAGAGGUGGAACAGCUGCACAUGAAUGUUUGCGACUUUAUUCGUGACCACGAUGCCUUCACGGAUCCACAGAAACUAUUCCUGCCCUCGAACUUCCCCGCGGAGAAGAAAUUAAUCUCAAAAUACCGAUUGCAGAACAACUUCUACAACUACCUGCUUCAGGGUAUUUCAAGACCAAUGAAGCAGAUAUUCCAACGUGGGAUGACUUUAUAUGAAGGCCAAGACUUGAAAUCUGGAAGGUACUCGGAAGAAGAGUUGAAGCAGCUGACGCAGCUCACCCGGGAGUUGGGUCCACAUUGGACUCGCAUUUCACAAAUCAUGCAGCGCGGGCAGAAGAACCUGUCCGUCAAAUUCAGUUUGAUGAACGAUGGUUUGACCAAGGGCGUUUGGAGUGAUGGGGAGGUUGAGAGUCUGCUGCAGGCAAUGAAGGACUACCUGCAAGCUCAGCAGCAGCACAAUGGGGUGGACCAACUCAACACAGAUUCCGAACAUACGAUCCGUAUCCUGCAGAGAUUUCUCUACUCCGAAAUUCCCUGGAGACACAUUUCCGCCAGCGUGGACAACAGAAAUUCCCACCAGUGCAGGGCAAAAUGGAUGGCCGUUCUUUGCAAUCGGUUGGGAAAGAUCACACCACUGACGUAUGGAUGGAAAGGCGAUACAUCCAGAAUACAACUCAUUCAGAGUUUGUACAACUUGGAAGUUGAAGACAGUGCGGAUAUUGACUGGGAUGGAAUCGUCCAAAAAAUGAAGAUACCACCAUGGUUGCUACAAAGGAAGUUGUACCAACUGAAACUUUUUCACGUUCCCAACUGGAAAAAUAAGACCUUUGGAGAGAUAAUUGAUGUCCUGCACGACAUCUAUCUGCCUCGGCUUCUGAAGAAACAUGACAUUGGGCAGUUAAGCGCAGAAGUGGAACCAACAGAGGUUCUCCUCAAACACCUUUUGAAUGGCAUUGACUAAUUGAGGACCUGGACCCCCUCUACAGAUUUGCUUUAAGAGGUCCUGAAGCACAAUCAGAAUCUUCAUCCUGGAGAAAUCCGAUGAGCUAUGAAGCUCUUUGUCACAGAUGUGCAGUGAUGGAGAAGGAAAAUCCAGCGAGUUGGCAAAUCAUGCUGCCAUGGAGGCACUGCGUGCGAGAAACCCACCUGCAGGGCACCAAUGUGCCUACAGAAUGCUGUACAGCAAGUAGGUUUCUGACCAAUAUGUAGCAUUUGGGUGUGCAUCUUCUUAAAGCAUGUUUUGUCCUCUAAUAGAGUGACAGAUAUGGCCAAUUAUCCAAAUAAGCUGAAAACGUUGUUCCUGGAUAAAGGAAGAUGACCAUCACUGAGAGGGAGUGUGUCUGGACAGAGUACACAUUCCACUGUUUUAAGACACCUGACUGCACAUUGCCGCACAGCAAAGAUGCAAUGCCAGUCUUGGGAUAUAUACCAGUAAUAUACGAGUGAU